AAGCAUGCAAAAUAUUUCAAUGCAGAACAGUGACGUAACACAAUUUUCAUUUGGAGACGCUCACUUUCUGCCAACAAUAUUUGUUGGUUUUCACCUUUAAAGAUGGUCAUUGUAAGGAAUUCAAAAUGUCAAAAAGAGCAGGCGACGCGACGUUGCAAGUGAUAAAGUGUGAGGCUGGAAAAACUGCAAGAGCGAGAACAACAACAACCAAAACCGAAAAGUCACAUAGAUGCAAAAAAUACAAGUCACUUUUUAAAAAUGACUCGUAAGGUCUUAAAAAGGAAAACGUGUGAAAGUUUUUGCUUUUCAAUCAUUUUUCAUCCUGAGCCUCAGCAGGUCCGCGGGCGUGCUGGAGCCAAUCCCAGUUGACUGCGCCUACACCCGGAACCGGUCGCCAGGCAAUUGCAAGUUUUUCAAUCGUUCAAAGUCAAAGUAAACUGAAACGUUAUGCAGUAUUUGUACCAUUUCCAAAUGCUCUUUCGGAACUGUUGAUGAACUUUUAUUUUGGUGCAAUUUUUGUUCACCUUUUGGAUGCAAUAAACUACUGAAAUAAUUCCUAAGGUAUUAUUUGCUGUACUUUUUUUUUGAUGUUGUGUUUUUGCUCGGGUCAUCCCGCCCGUCUUUUUGCAGCUUUACGGUAACGGACGGUUCCGUGACGUCGCCGCACACCUCCCGUCAGUCGCUGCUGGCCUUGGAAGGGCACCAGCGGGGCCGGCUCGCUCGGUUUCCCAAGGACGGCGCGACCGAACCGGCACGCCCGAGACCCGCGCUCGGACCCAGCCGGCGCGGCGCGGCACCGGUUCCGCGGACGUUCCGUUGACGAGAAGUCGCUCGCAUGGCGAACCGGCGAGCGCCCCCCGCCCCCGGCAAGAAAGCGGACGACAGGCUGAAUGAGAAGAAAUGCUGUAAGUCACUUCAUUAGCGUGGGCGUCGUACAUGACGAAUUCGCCCACCGUGAUCGUGAUGAUCGGUCUGCCCGCCCGAGGGAAGACGUACGUGUCCAAGAAGCUCACGCGCUACCUCAACUGGAUUGGCGUGCCCACCAAAGUGUUCAACCUGGGCGUUUACCGCCGAGAGGCCGUCCGAGCCUACAAGUCCUACGACUUCUUCCGCCACGACAACGAGGAGGCCAUGAAGAUCAGGAAGCAGUGUGCGCUGGUAGCCCUGCAGGAUGUGAAGGUGUACCUGACAGACGAGGGCGGUCAGAUCGCUGUUUUUGACGCAACCAACACGACGAGAGAGCGCCGAGACCUCAUUCAAGCGUUUGCGAAGGAGAACGCGUUCAAGUUGUUCUUUGUGGAGUCCGUGUGUGACGACCCAGAAGUCAUUGCUGCAAAUAUCAUGGAAGUGAAGGUGUCCAGUCCGGACUACCCCGAACGGCACCGAGAGCGGGUCAUGGAUGACUUCCUGAAACGGAUCGAGUGCUACAAGGUGACUUACCAGCCGUUGGAUCCCGAUGAUUAUGACAAGGACCUGUCUUUCAUCAAGGUGAUGAACGUGGGCCGCCGCUUUCUGGUGAACCGGGUGCAGGACUACAUCCAGAGCAAGAUCGUCUACUACCUCAUGAACAUCCACGUGCACUCGCACUCCAUCUACCUGUGCCGCCACGGCGAGAGCGACCACAACAUCGAGGGCCGCAUCGGAGGGGAUUCAGAACUAUCUCCCCGCGGAAAACAGUUUGCCCGCGCCCUCCGAAAGUUCAUCGAGGAGCACAAACUGUCAGAUUUGAAGGUGUGGACGAGCCAGCUGAGGCGCACCAUACAGACGGCGGAGGAACUGGCCGUCCCCUACGAACAGUGGAAAAUACUCAACGAGAUUGACGCGGGUGUGUGCGAGGAGAUGAGCUACGAGAUGAUCCAAAGUGCGUUCCCGGAGGAGUUUGCGUUAAGGGACCAGGACAAAUAUCACUACCGUUACCCCGGUGGGGAGUCGUACCAGGACCUGGUCCAGCGUCUGGAGCCGGUCAUCAUGGAGCUGGAGAGACAAGGCAACGUGCUGGUUGUUUGCCACCAGGCGGUCAUGCGCUGUCUGCUGGCCUACUUCCUGGACAAAAGUGCAGAAGAUCUGCCCUACAUGAAAUGUCCGCUCCACACCGUCCUCAAACUCACGCCGGUGGCGUAUGGCUGUAAAGUGGAAAUGUUUUAUCUCAACGUGGAGGCAGUCAACACGCAUCGCGACCGACCUCUUGGUGAACUCCCCAAGGACUCUGCCCUCUUGCUCCGGCGGAAUAGUUACACGCCCUUGGCCAGUCACGACCAGGUCAAGCGCCCCCGGCUGUACAGCGCGGGCAACCAGCCCUGGCUGCCCCUCGCCCCCACGCCGUCGGCCCUGAUGCCCGAGGGACGGCCCGGCCAAGGCUCCCUCUGCGAGGGGAUCGACUUGGACGACGCCGAAGAAACGAGCGGCUGCGUCCGCUUCUGAGUGAGGAGAACGAAACGGAAGAGGCUUGCGCGAAAUAUGGAUAACCUUGAUGGUGCCUUGACCCCGAAAUAUUAGGCACACCUGCACAAUCAGCUGGAGAAAUUCCAGAUUCAAACCCGGAACCUCUCAUGUGUGAGGCAGACAUGCUAACCGCUAGUCCGGACCCGUUUGUGGUGUUUUUGCCCCGUCACGUGUGGAUACGGAUUGUGCCUAAUGAAGUAUUUCAUGAGUACCUCGUGGUCAUACUCAGAUUUCAGUAUUUGUUUUCAUAUCUUUAUCUCUGCAUGUUUUUGCUCAGAACGUCUCAGUGAGCAAAUACUUUUUGUCUUCCAAAGAUAGAAAAGUAUUCAUAGUCAAGGAGAAAAUAUAGUUUCUUAGAUUUCCUGUUGAUUUUUAAUCACUUGGUGCAACUGACAAAGUUUCAUUUAAAAGAUAUACAAUAACUCAAUUACAUUUUUGUCAUGUCCGUUCUAUUCUUUGAGCAUUUCUGUACACUGUACUUUAGUCGUGCCAGGGAUUAAAAAAAAAAAAAAAGAGAAAUUGAAGGAACAAGGAUGGCCUAACAUUUUCUUCUUUGUAUUCGUAUUUACUUUAGGAAAGUAUUACAAACAUUUCCUGUGCCUAAUAUCGUGUCAUUUCAACUCGUGUUCCGAAUGGUCAUGCUGCAUUUAUUAACUGUGCGCUUGCUAUUUCAUUCAGAAUGAUGCGUUCAUGUCCCCAUUUUGAAAUAGUUAUCUCUAUAUUCUAUUCUGACAUUGAAUGAAAGAAUAAUCGUGAAAAACGGGAUGUCGGACGCCCCCGUGCCUUUGAUAAAAGGGAUUGAAUCUGAAAAUAUCGACUUUACUGUAUUUUCAAACUUGCUUGUAUUUGCACGUCUUUGGGUCCCAUUUUGAAGCUGCAAUUAAAUAACGUGUAUUGCACUUAAUAAUGACUGCCUUGUUGAAUAUUAUUAUUAUUAUCCUUCGAUGUACUGUCUAUAACUUGAGCUUGGUGACAAUGUCGUUACAGUUUAGGGGCCACGUGCGGCCUCAUUUGAUGUUAAAGAUUGCAAAAUCACAACAUACAUCAUACAAGUGUUGCCCUUUGUUUUAUUGAAAAUCAAAAUAAAUAUGUUACAAGCAUGUUUUGGGGGAUUUGA